GGGGAGCCAAGCAGAAACCUGCGACAGGGCUUGGCAGGGCUAUUGGCACCUCCCGGAGAGCAGCGUCAAGGGGGCUCUAUUUCUCCGGGGCCCAGCCCAGGCUCGGCACAUCAGCAGCACAUGCACCCCCUUCUCCUCAGCCUGGAGUCCCUGUGGGGCAGGCAGCCUCCCUCUCCCCAGGCCCGGAGCCCUGAAUCCCGCCUGUCCAGCUUCCUCCGCAACAUCUCUCUGUACCUCCAGGGCGAGGAGGAGCAGGAAGCCCCGGAGUCCUGGGAGAGCCUCCUGCUGCCACUGCUGCUGCCACCACCCAACGCCGAGAAGCCGCUCUCACCAGCAGCCUCUGGACGCCGGCUCCUCCAGGACAUCCUCUUUUCCUGGCAGCGAGGCAGCUGGCAUUGGGAUGGGUGGCUGAGCUUUGCCCAGGACUUGCUGAGCCUCCUCCUCAGUUGGGCCCAGGACCCCCCUCAGCAUCUCCAUGGGCAGCAGGGCUGGGAGGUUCUCAGCAGCCUGAUGGAAGCCCUGGGCCAGGCCGCCCUCUCUGGGUUGCUUGGCCCACAGGGGUCCCUUUGCCCCCCAACAGGGCAGAGUGGGUGCCAAGCAAAUGCCAGUUGGCUGGGGCAAUUACUCCGGCUCUUUGAGGGCACUGGCUGGACAGCCUUCCUGCACAUUCACCCAGCAGGCUUUGCCCCCACUGAUGGCCAGCUGAAGCCCCUUGGCCUGGUGCCCGCGACCCCCCGAGAGAUGCCCCCUGGCAAUCGCAGUGAACCCAGCCUCCUAAAGACCCUGUACCGGACAGAGCAGCCAGGCACAGGCGGGAAAGCGCAGGAAUCGGCAGGAGACUCCGAGGGCAACAUCUUGUGGGAGACACUGGAGGAGCUGAGGCGGACACUGUGGCAAAGGGCAGGCCGUACCCUCGUCACCAGCUUCCGGAGGAGGGUCUUGUAUGUGACAGGCCUUCUGGCAGUUGAGGCUUCAGAGGCAGUGGGGAUCCCCCAGCCUGACCCAGAUGGGAAGUGCUCCGUAGGAAGCCUGCAGCAGCUGCUGCUGUGGGGAAUCAGACACAACAUCAGCUGGGACACCCUGCGUGUGGACUUGGCCUCCAGGGCCUCUUUCCCAUGGCCUCCCGUGGUGCCCAGUUGCUUGCUGCCUGCUGGGGGAGGGCACAGGGUGAGCGAGACCCUCCCUCCAGCCCCCCGGAGAGCAUUUGCCAAGCCCCCUUCCCAGGCAGAAGUCCUGGAGGCCGCCUGCAACGAGAGCAUCCCCGGCUUGCCAGGAAUCUCCAACUUCACCAUCUACUUGUAUUGCACCCUCUUCAAUGGCUCCAAAGAGCCCCACCGGCCCCCGCCGGACCUGGAGGCCUUGUGUUCAAGCACCACCUGGUACUUCUCCUCCAUUGAGGGCGACCCGGUCUGGAUACGAGCCUGCAAGGAGUACUUCCCCCAGCAGUUCAACAGCACAGUGUGUGGCAAUGCCUCUGUCCUCUUGCACCUUGGGCCCCACCAGGAGCUGGUGGAGGAGCUCUGUGCCAACCUCUCCAUGCCCUUACGGCCCAGACAUUGUUCAGAGGCUCUGAGCAGGCCUCUGCUGGGCCAGGAGGAAUUCUGGACCUGCCUCUCCCUGGAGAACCAGACCCUCUGGACCCAAAACCUCUGUAGCAGCAGCAGCCUGCGGGAAGUCUCUGAUGCCACCAGGCAGUGGCUGGGCACCCUCUGCCACAGCCCACUGGCCCAAGGGGCUGGGCUGAAUGCCUCUCUGCGCCAGAGCACGGAAGCAGCAGGGUGUGGCGCCAGGGCCUGGAGCCCCCAAGCGCUGCAUAACACCAGCUUCCUAGCUCAGUGUGGGGAUGCCCACCUGCAGAGCUUCCAGGAGCUUGUGUGCAGCAACGAGUCCCUACUGGAAGCCCUGCAGCUGGCCCACCCCUGGGUGUGGGUUCACUGCUUGGCUGUUGAGCAGGACAGGAGCUGCUCCCUUCUGUGGCUCCCAGGGGUGCUGCCACUGCCCCCGCAGCUCUGCCAGGACGCGCCGGCCUUCCUGACAGCACUGGUAUCCCAGUUGGCCCGGUGCAGAGAGCCCCCCCACUCCUCUUCCCAGUGGGUUCCCAGUGCCAGCUACCUGUUGCGGCUGCUGGACUUCCUGCUGGCUUCUCCUGCCCUUGGCGAAGUGGGGCAAGAGGGAGCCAGGCAGCAGCUGGGCCAGGCUCUCCUGCUCUCCAGCCUCCUGGACAACAGCUCCUUUGGGACUUCUCUCCAAGCCAACUUCUCCCUGAGCAUCCUGGAGGAUGUGAGCCAGUUCCUGCAGGAAGGCGAGCUGGAUCCGGCCACCAAGGAAGACCUGCUUAACUGCUUUGGGCCUUUGCUCUGGAAUCUGCUGGAGAGGGAGGAGAACAUCUCAGCUCUGGAGUUCUUCAUGCAGGUACCUUCCCUCCAUCCCAGUCUCCAGUCCUUGGUCCCUGGAGCAAAGCUGCACCUCUCCUCCUCCUCUUCCUCCUCCAACCCCAAGGCUGACCUUUCCCCUCCUUCCUGUCCAAGGCGCCUCCCUGCACCGUCUUUCAGGCUCCCUUGCAGCAGCUCCAGUGGGGCAGGGAAGGGAGUGGUGCUGCUGUUGCUGCCUUGCCUCCUCCUCUCCCUCCCACUUUUCCAGGAAUACCUGCAGAUGCCCCAUAAGGUUAUCCAGAGGCUGCUGUGGUCAGUGGAAGGUGAGACCAUCCAGAGGUUCCUGGCCCUGCUGCACCGCUCCUGGGAUCACCUGCAGAUGAAGGUGCCUCCAUGGGACAAGCGGGCAGUGGAGUCACUGGCCGCCCAGCUCCUGAGCAAGUUCCCUCAGCCAACCCCGCAACUCUUCCUCCACCUCUCUCACUUUGUGCCUUUCAUGGCUGCCUCGGACAUCCUGCGCUUGCCAUCCGCCUUGCUGGCCAACGAUAGCGUCUUGGCCAUCAUUAGCAGCCAAAGUGCCCGGAUGACGCUGGCGCAAAAACGAGCCCUAGUGCAGCGUCUCCUGCAGGCCGAGCACCUCCUGGGCGAAGUCCCUUCCUGGCCCCCGGAGUUCCUUCACAGCCUCCAGCCUCUCCUUCCUCACCUGCCGCUUGGCCACUUCCUUCAGCUAACACCACAGCAGAUCCAGAGCUUGAUGAAUGGCUGGCAGGAGGCUGAGCUGGGCCUGGCUCAAGGGCGCCAUGUAGCACGUAGUUUGCUCAACAGGAGCCAUGAGAGCACUGAGGAGCAGAUGUGCAGCUGUUCAAGGCAGGAGUUCACAGGGGAAGAGAUUUCCUCCCAAGGCUUUGGGUCCAAGGGAGAGCAAGAGCAAAAGUUCUUCAGAGGGGGAGGAGCAUCACCUUUUGCGUAUCUGGAGCAAAAACCGGCUAGAAGCAUCAGAGUUUGUGGUCUAGAAGAGCAGGCAGGCCUACAUGGGGUGUGGCUAGCACCAAGCAAGCAAGUCCCAACAGCCCACUUCUGCCUGUGCCCCCUCCCCCAUCCUCACAGGCUCGGGGCUCUCACCUGCUUCCUCAGCAUCGGGGACUUGCGUCUGAUCUCUCCCUUGCAAGAUCUGUGGGGGCCGAUCGAGAAGCACCUCCUGGAGUGUGUGGCCAGAGGGGUUGUGGACCCUCAUGGGCAGGUGAGUGGUGAAGAGGACCAGGCUCUUUUGGGCCCAGCAGAGCCUAGCCUAGGGCCAGUGCUGCUGAGGACUUUUCUCCCCACUGUCCCUCAGCCUCCUUCUGGGGGCAAGCUACUCUUCAUAGAGAUCCAGCUCUGCUGGCUCCUUCCCCUGCUGGCCCAUGCCCUGGCAGAGCUCCUGCCUUCCUCGGUGGGCUCCCACGAGCUGCAAUCCUGGCGGGGUCUUGUGCCAGCCAUGGGGGUGGAGUUCCUGCGGGGCCUGUCAGAGUCUCAGGUAGGGGCUAUCCUCCCAGAGCUGCAAGCAGCACAGCUUAGCCGUGCCCAGGUGAGUCAUCCUGAGGGUAUGCUCUGCAUCUGCCGUGGGGGUGGGUGGGUGUUAGGCAAAUUUGAGCCAUUCCUCUCCAGAGUUGGGGGCAGCAGCAGCCUGCCUAGGUCAGUCCCACCAACUCCCUGUCAAGGGGAUGGGCUAGGCCUUCUACUUCCUUAUGCUCAGGCAGCUCUCCUGCUGCUCUCACAGGCCCUGCAGAUGGAGAAUGUGAGUAUCAACCCGAAGAAAUCUGCAAGCUACAGACAUGCUUGUUCAAUCCAAAAUGGAAAGCAAAGCAUCUCCCUGUCUGCUGAUACUGUUGGGCAGAGGGAUCCAAAGCCCCACCAGUACCACCACCCCACCCCUUGGUUGCCAGUGAUGGGCUCUGUGGCCUCCCUCCCACCCUGCCUUCUGUCUCUGCAGGUGACGCUGAGUGGGGCUGAGCCUCUCUGCUCCCUCCUCGCUGGCCUGGGUCCCCAGUCUCUGGAGGUGGCAGUGGCUGCUGUCUUGGCCAGAGGCUGUGCAUGUGUGGGCCCCACUCUGCCCCAUCUCUCAGGAGCUCAAAAGGCAGGUCUGCUUCAAGCUCUGCAGAGGCAUGGCCCAGAGUCCCCUGUCCUCAGUGCGCACCUGGACUGCCUCCUGCCUGCUGUCCCUCUCAAGCUCCUGCAGGUGGACACCCAGGCCCUGCUGGGGAGGAGCAGCUGGCACCGGAAGGCACCUUGGUCCCCACAGCAGGCCCAGUUCCUUUGGCAGAGCAUUGAAGCCAGUGCCAACAUGACGGAGGACCUGAUCUGGGGACUGGGACACCUGGCCAUGGGACUAUCCUGCACCGCUUUGCAGACCUUUGAAGCUGGGGCAGAUUUUCUGGCUGUUCUGGAAGCUCUCUACAGCCAAGACCUCCACCUGCCCUGGAGCCUGAAAGGAUGCAUCUGGGAGGAGAUCCAGAGGAGACCCAGCCUCUCUACUACGGAGUUGCUGGGGCUGGGACCCCAGUUCCUCAUGGACUUGCCGACUCACCUGCUGGACAAGCUUCCUGGCAAGUCCUUCCUGCUGAUCUUGGACUAUGUAAGGAGCCACCCACACAACCUGCUGGUCUUGCCACCCCCUCGACGGGCUGCCCUCGCCCGGCACAGUUUGAAGGCACUACUGGUAAGGGGGAGAGGAGCAGCGACCAGUUUUGAGAGCCAGAGCACCCUGUCCUUGGGCUCAGGGAUGGGGCGGCUGCAAAGUUACCCUUCCCAGGCCAAACUCCUUGCAGCACCACCACUCCUGGCAGGGACCAGUGGGAGCCACCCACCCACCUCCCUCCCCUCUGUAUUUCAGCAAAGGUCCCAAGGAGAGGCAGACAUCUCAGUGGAGAUAUUGAGCUUGCUUGGCCCUAUGGUGGGCUUCCUGGAGCCCGACAACCUGGUCCAUGCCAAUCCUGCAAAUCUGCUCCAGCACCUGGAUGAGCUACGGGAGACCUGCCUCGAUAAUGGUGUUGCGGAAGUGCUUGGGCAGCUGCUGAUGGCAGAUAGUGCUUUGGGGGACCCAGGGCACUGGAGCCAGGUGGAGCUGGAGCAGCUGGGGCAUUUGGUGUUCAGGCUCCCUCCGGAGAGCACCCAGCGAAUCCCCCAGGCGGUGCUGAGCAAGGACCUUGUGGAGCAGCUGCUGCAGAGCCAGAAGCUGUGGGAGGGGAGUGAGCAGGGCCGGCUGUGUGACCCUCAAGGGCCAGCUGGGGGGCUGCAGGCCCAGAAAGAGGCCUUGCUCAUUGCCCACCCCCACCCCUGCCGGACUCCCUGUGCAGAACCUGUGCCCAGCUGCUCCGACAUCCGGGCCUCUUUCCCCUCGGCCUGGAGCGCCACCCAGAUCAGCGCGAUGGAGCUAGACCAGUUCCAUGACUGCCUGAGCCUCAUCAGUCAGGACCUCGUCCUCCGUCCGUAUCAGCGCCAGGCUGCUCUCAGCAAAGCCAAAGAGGUUCUGGGCCCGACCUGGGCAAUGGGCGCAGUGGAGAUGCUGCAGUUGGGUUUCCUCGCCCUCCAACUGAGCGAAGAGGAGCUACAGGAGCUGGAGAUUCCUGACUGGGGAGCCUUGUCAGUGCUGGGGGGCCUGGAAGGCUGGACAGAGAGGCAGAUGCAGGCCGUGGUUGGCAGCCUCCUUGCAAAGCAGCACAAGGUGAGCGCGGAAAACCUGGCACUGCUGGACUUGGUGUCUCUCGGGCACCUCCUAUGUGGGCUGCAGGUGGCGGAGAUCAGGCAGCUCAACAGCCAGGAAUUCAGCAAAGCAGCCUCCUUCCUGGGGUUGCUCCAUCUCAGCUGCUCUGAGGAGAAACUGGAAGCCCUGGCCUGGCUCCUGGUCACCCCCGCUGCCUUUGGGCCUGUCGCCAUGUGGGGCCCGGGGAUUUUCACAGAGAUUGGGACUCUGGCAGCGGGGCUGCCAGACAUCGUCCUUUCGUCCCUCGUCCCAGAGCAGCUUCGGGCUCUGACCCCAGAGGCAGUUGCCUUGAUCCCCGCCCCCAAAUUUGCAGUGGUGUUCAGCCCAGCCCAGCUGCUCAGUCUGACAAGCCCCCAGGCAUCGGCCGUGACAGCCCAGCAGUAUGGACUCCUCAGCCCUAAGCAAAAAUGGGCCCUGGAGCUGGCGCACUGUGAAGGGGAGCCCUGCCAGGACCACAGGAGCAGAAGUGGCUCAGGGCUUCGUCCUGCUGUUUUGCUGCUGCUUCCAUCUUGCUGCCUCCUUUUGACUUUUGGGGGGCCCCUGGCCUUGCAAUAAAGCUGCCCCUUUGCACUGAUUGA